CAAAUAUGUGGAACUAAUAACUGUGACUUGGUCAGAUCUAAAACUAAACCAGUUCAAAGAGCCACACACUUUGCACAUAUAAAAGCACAAACCAGCUAAGGCAAAAAACAUAGCAACCAAACUUCAGUUCCUUCUAACACUCACCCUUUAGUAUAAGCUUAACCAAAGUACCAAACCAAGCCAGCAUAGUAGUUAUUGCUCUCAAAGAAUCACCCUUUAAGCCUAAUCAAUUCAGGAAACCGAAAAAGCUCAAAAGGGGUAGAUGGCAAGGAAGAGAAAGGUUGGUGAAAUUGUAGAAGAGAGAAACAUAUGUGAGGGAACCAUGGCUUGGGAUGAGAUGAUGAAACAAGCUGCAGCACUUGGAGGAGUCCAAAGAGCCAGAAAGAGAUUUGUUGGGGUGAGGCAAAGGCCAUCAGGUAGAUGGGUGGCUGAGAUCAAAGACACCAUUCAGAAGAUCAGAGUGUGGUUGGGGACUUUUGACACUGCUGAGGAAGCUGCAAGAGCCUAUGAUGAGGCUGCAUGCUUGCUUAGAGGUGCAAACACAAGGACAAACUUCUGGCCAUGUUCUCAAUCUUCCACAAGUCCAGCACUUUCAUCAAAAAUCACAAAUCUCCUCCUUCAAAGGCUUAAAGAAAGGAACAACAACACUUGCUCCUCUUCCUCAUCCUCCACCUCCACCUCACUUCUCAUCAACCACCAACAUAUGCAACAAGAGGUUGAUGCAUAUGGUGAUGGAUCAACACAAUUCUCAAUUGACCAAUUCACUGACUUUCUCAAUGACCCUGAAGAUUAUAGCACCAGCAGCAAUGACUUCAUCAACAACAGUGCACAGAUUGACUACAUUACUAGCAGUUUUGAAUCAUGUUUGUCUGAAGAUGCAAAAGUGGAUGUGCAAUACAAAAGCAGCAUUGUGACACCACAGACUUCAAGUACUGAUGACAGCAACUCAGGAGUGGAGGACAGUGAAGAAGAAGGCACUGAUUUCAGGUUUCUAGACAACAUUGCUCCACCUGGUUACUAUUCUCCUUUUGAGAUGGCUGAAGAGAUGGAGGAGCCUGUGGAGGCAGAGAACUAUGGUGGUGAUGAGCCUUCAAUGCUCAGAGCUAUGAUGAAGAGAAUGACAUAUGAGAGGAAGUUCUCAGCUUCUCUCUAUGCCUUCAAUGGAAUACCUGAAUGCUUGAAGUUGAAACUUGAAUCAGCAAACAUGAAGGGAAGAGGAAUAAUAACUGAUCAAUUAACCAGCCUCCAAAUGGCCUGCAGCAAAAACAGGCUUGAGAAGAAUGAAGAGGAGAAAGAGUACAUGGCAACAAUGGAUGGGAAACAGGAAGAACAACACCAACAACAAACAACAACAACUGACAUGGAUUCUUCUAGUGUUGAUGGAGAACUGUUACUUUGGAAUUCACUAGAUCUUCCUCCAAUUUGCUUUGUUAACUUGCUAGAAAACGGUUCAUUCAAUUAGCAAUAUCAUUCAUUUUGUGUAACAUUAUUUAUGCUGAGAACAAUUCUAUUGUAACAUUAGGCUUUGUAGCAAGCAUGAAGUAAUAUCUUCUGCUAAUUGAAAUGCUUUAUAUUUUCUUAUUUUAUUCAUAGUUCUUAG